CUACUCUCUUCAUCCCCUCCCCCACAAUCAGGGUUGUCCGAAAUUACAGCUCCGUAGGAAAUUUGAGACGCAUGCCAUCCCCCCUCACAUCUUCUAAUCUUAUUUAAUUUUAGUUGAUUCUCAUAGCAGUCUCGAAUAUUAUCUGAUCUCGAAAAAUCUCGAAAAACCAAAAAAAUUGCUGUACGAGAAUCGAGAUCUCGAAAAAUUCUCGAUAUCGAUAACCGAGAUUUUUGAUUGAGAUCUCGUCUCAGUUCGAUCUCUAGUUAUAAUAUUGCGGAUGUAUAUAUCUAAAGAUCGGCUUGAGAGUGUUUUAUGAGAAUUGUGGGAGCUCUCGUCUCGAUCGACCUUUCUAUAUGCCUACUAUGUGUGUAUGUAAGGAUAAGAUCAGAUUGUUUUAGCUUUUCGAAGAUCCGACUGUAAUUUUCUAGAAAUUUUAUUUGCUUACAAUUAGCUUCGACAUUAAAAAUGGAUUAUCCAUUAAUUAUUACCUUAUUUAUCUUCACUAUAAUUUUACUAACUAAUGCCGCACCACAAUAUGAUCUUUUCUCUGGACAACAUAUAGGUGCGCAUGGAACAGGAAUGGGGCCAUCUACCUAUUCUUGGAACUUUCCAUUUUGGAGAUUCUUCAAAAGUUGA